AUGGUCAACCAACGAAGAUCGUUUUCAUCCGAUUCAGAUCGUCAUAUUGCCAACAGCCAGUUUAUGACUCCCAACCCCAAUCUCAAUGGAUUUAGCAGUGAUGCCUUUGAUGUAAAUGAACAAACAAGUGCCUUUCCACCAUAUGACUUUUUCGACUUCUUUGAGAGUCUGGAAUUUGACUCUAACAAGCAUUUACAAACACCAAAUCCAUCGAUGGAUCCUACUUUUAAUCGAAAUUUGGUGGCCACUAAUUUUUCGAAUCAAAAUACACCAGCAACGAUACCCAUGGGGACAUUCCCACCCUUCAACGCGGACAACAGAAACGACUCACAUACUAAUGUUACUAUCCAAACACAAUUUUCGCCAGUUGUUCCAAAUGUAAUGAAUACACAGAGUUGCAACAAUGUCGGUUAUUCCUCUGAGCCGAUGUUGAGUACGCCAAAUUCGCUGACCGGAUUGAGAAAUUCACCUCAGCAGUUUUCUUCUCCAUUACAAUCACAGGCCCAAAGAACCCCAAAGUCAAAGUCAGGGCCUAUUGGUCUUGGUUUAAAUACAGACCAGAUAAAUGCAACACCACAAGCACCUCCACAGAUGCAGCUGUUUCAGAAUACGCAAAGACAAUCGCCAUUGCAACAAAGUCUAAAUUGGCAACAACCACCACAAUUCCAAAGCCACAUGACUAAACUUUCUCCGUAUGAGAAGGCCAAUGCCAUGUUUCAACAACAAAUCCAUACACAGGAUUUUGUUCAACUACAAAACGAUCUUGAGUCAACCCGGAAAUUUAGAUCUGAGCUGAGUCUUCAUUUGCAGACUUUGAUAAAGGAGGAACAAGAGAAGCAGAAUAACCUUGCUACUUUUAAUGCGUUGGAAAUGCCAAAGCAACGGUUGUCUAAACCAAAGAGGGUAUCAACUACAGCAGCUAAAGUUGAACAAGAGAGUGUUACACCCAACACGUCAUCUACAGAAGAAAGUCUAGCAAGCUUGUCCAACCCAUUAUUUAGUCAAAGAAGUCAAUCGGUCGAAAAGAAUGACGAUAUGGAUUCACCUACUACGAUUGAAGUAACAAGCCCACAAUCUUCGAUCGAUGAUUCUUUGAGUAAUCCUAAUACGGGUACGUUUUUUGAAAGCAAAAAUAUUACUGCUGAAGAGUUACUUAAUGAUGAUCAUUUCGAAGACUUGGUAUCGCUGCGGCUGAAUACAAAAGAGUUCCUUUCAGAUUUAGUUAAUUUUGAUGUCAAUGUCGAUAUAGAUUUGAACGACCCGGCGUAUGCCAUAACCGACAUUUUAGCAUCGAAGAACGGUUCGUCUUCGAAAAUCCAAGCGAAUAGUGUCACUUCUACCCCUAGGAAGAAGAAACCCACCGUUGUUUCCUCGUCAACUACCAACAAAAUGAACACAAAGAAGAUUUUGAAAAAGUCUUCGUCUUUUAAUGGCUCACCAUCAAUCCUAUCCAAUCCUAAGUUCCACAAAACAAUAAAAACAACCCCUGCAACAAAUGGAGGUGUCAUCAUGGGGACUUUUCCCGUUGCGAACAAAUCUGCCAAUGACGCACCACCAGUGACAACAGGAACAGCAAAGUCUCCAGUAAAGACAACUGCAGGCACUGGUACUACCGGAAAGGCUACAACAGGGGCACAAAAGAGGUCAAUGUCCAGCAAUCAAGUCGAAAUGUUCAGUUCAAUGCCUCUUUUUACCAUGGGUAACCAUUAUUCGUUUGUCUAUGAACAUGGCGAAGGAUUAGGAAGUGGUAGUAGUGUAGGUGGUGCUGGUCGAAGCACUAAUCAUCAUCGAAGUUUGUCGGGCCGCAGAAGUAGCACUUCACAGGAAGCAAACGGCAAUCGUAAUGUUCAGUCGAGGAUGUUUGAAUUUCAAGUUGAAUUGAAAAAGUAA